CGUCGUUACUGAUGCUACUUAUUCUUCCAGUGAAGUUACAAACAUGAUGCCUAAUACUACAAGGAAGGACAGGUGAGUUACAAGAUGUGUAUUAGUCAGGCGUGUGUUAAAUCAGUCACUAAUCAAUCAAUCAAUCAAUCAUAUAACAUUGAGUAACAUCCUUAUUAUUCUACAACAACAUUUUUAGUCACCCAGCCAAAAGGCCUGUCAUGGAUGGAAGGUCACCCCGGCUGCCCCAGUCUCCGCUAAAGAUGUCAGCCAGACACCAGGAGAAGGAAAACUGCCCAACCCCUCAGAGAUCACCUGCUCCAUCUCCCCUUAAGAUUGCUCAGAAGAGAGGCUCUCCAUUCAAGCCUGCUGUGGUAACAGGGUCCUUCUAUGGUAAACGCAAACCUUUGUAUCUGACGCCACUGGAGAGGAAGAUGCUGAAUGAGACCAAAUCACCUCCAAGGCUGACCACUGUGGAUCCGUAUGGAAUACUGACGGAUGCUGAGAAAAAGAGGAUGAUUAACAGUAACAAGGUCAAGAAAGUGGCCACUGAGUGAAGACUAGCGUAAAGGGACAUUUCAACUUCAAAUCAAACCUGAUCAAUUCCUCAAAGCCUAAAGCACCCACCAGAACAAAGCAUGUGGAGCCAAAAAAAGGCAUCACCUUGACCUUCGGCGGUUUAAAGUCUAAGCCCAAGCCUAAGAUCUUUGUUGGGGCUGCCUUUUUCAGCACAGGAAAAAAGCCAGCCUCCAUGUACAAAAAGUCUGCCCUGAAGUCUACCAAGCUAGCUUCGAGUUUUGAGAAAACAAAGGCCCUGGUUCCUGCGUCAGAGGGAAAGCAAGAAAAAUAUCAAAAAGCCCCCUCUCCACAGCGACGAGCUGUUGUAGUGAAGAAACUGCAGGAAGAGCCACAGUCUCCACCCAGUGUCCAGGAUUUGCCAAAGAGUCCAGAGUCACCCGAGGCCCUGUCUCCCAGAGCUAUAGCAGAGAAAUACAGUAUGACCAAGGAAGUCAGGAUUGUGUUAAACAUAUCUUUGUCUCCCACAUGUUCAGCAUCCCCAGAAAUAAACACUCAGGUGAGCUGUAUAUCACUGGAAUAGCGUUUAGCCUCAAUCUCACAGUCUGUAAAUCCUGUGGGAAAAGAAUUAGCAAAGCAUAGUGUAUCCAUACUACAUUUGAUUAUAUUGUUCUUUCUGUUUGUAGGAGGACUUUAUCAUGGAUGCAGGCUCUCAUGCAGUGUUUGAUCUCAGCGAUAUUAGCCCAUUAAACUGCAUCAGCAUUCCAGUCAAAGGUUUUUUGUUGUUGUCAUUGGUCAAUUAACAUUCAUAUGUUUUUACUUCAAAUCAAAUUUCAUUUUCAUUCAUGAUUUCUCUCUCCCCUUUAUAUAAUCCUCAGCCGAUACUGUAGAAUCCUCAGCUGUGUGUACAAUCUUUGGAUCUGCAUCAAAGAGGUAGGCAAAAAAACACUUCAAUUUAUUUUCAGCUAGAAUGGUUUACUGCCCUACAGGGAGGAAAUUAUUGACAGUCUUUCACAUGGUCAAGUAGUAGUAACUCCACACACUGUGUACAGGAGUGUAUCAAUGUUUAUAUGCAUUUAUCAUUUUAUAAUGUCUCCUUUCUGCCUGUAGGCCACAGAGAAUGGCAGCUCAGGCCUCUUCAGUAAACUGCAGCACCCCCUCUUCCCUUGGUCAGCCCAUUCCCUCUGCUGCUAAAGAGAGGAGUGGCAGGAAGAAGAGAGAGAUUAAUAAACAGGCUGAUGAUCAACUCAUCAUUGUAAAUAAAUCCUUUGAUGGAAAGAUGAAUGGAUGGAAAUGUUGAUGACUGUUACCUCUCUCUCCCUGCCAUCUGUGAGCUCUGCUAAUGUUCUGUGUUCUGUUCUGUGUUUACCUCAGGAUGCAGGCCAGAAGCAGUUUGGUGCCACCACGUGUGGGUCCUGUGGCAUGCUCUACAGUGCAGACAGUCUGGAAGACAACUUCCAGCACACACAGUUCCACAAGCGCUUUCUGGACAGUAUUAAGUUUGUGGUAUGUACGUCCAGGCGUUUCCUCCCUCCGACUGAUGUGUACAAGUUGCCCUAAGGAUGUUGCUUUUAGAGUGGCUCAUUAUUUUUUCCACAAAAGCUUAGCCAAAUCCGCUGCCAUGGUUUAGUGGGGGGGAAAAAAUUUAACUGACCACUCUCACUCUUGAUUUCUGACAGUUGCUUAAUCAAUGUUUCCUUCUCGUCCCCAGGGCUGGAAGAAAGAGAGGGUGGUAGCAGAUUUCUGGGAUGGAAAAAUCAUUCUGGUUCUACCAGAUGAUCCAAAAUAGGCUGUCAGAAAGAUACAGUGUGUAUGUGUGUGUAUAUAUAUAUAGUUGCAGAUCCAGACAAAUAUAUUUGCACCCUUGCACUUUUCUUAAAUAAUUCCCUUUCUUCUAAAAUGGAAGACCCACAAUCUUCAACAGAGACAUAUUUUGGACACUGGGUUGAACAUUGGACUACAAAACACCUGAUAAUCUGCUGAUUUCAUGAUGCCUUGUGCACAUUCAUGGCCCCCAGUAACAGAGGCAGCAAAGCAACCCCACAGCAUUAUCAAACCUCCCCCAUGUUUGAUUGUAGGGAGGGUGUUAUUUUCAUUGAAUGCUUCAUUUGGUCAUCAAAAAACGCUGAUUUGUAUUGCCAAAGAGCUCUAAUUUUGUUUAAUUGGUCCACAGAACAUUUCCCAGGAUUUAGGCUUGUUUUUGAGAAGUUCAAUCAGGCCUUCUUGUGCCUCGGUCAGCAGUGGCGUGUUCCUAUUUUUACCAACAGCCAAAUGAAGCAUUCAAAGAAAAUAACAGUCAAACAUGGGGAAGGUUCGAUAAUGCUGUGGGGUUGCUUAGCUGCCUUUGGUACUGGGGGCCUUGAAUAUGUGCAAGACAUCAUGAAAUCAGAAGAUUAUCAAGGUGUUUUGGAUUGCAAUGUUCAAUCCAGCGUCCAAAAACUGUCUCUCUGUUGAAGGUUGUGGGUCUUCCAGCAGGACAACAAACCCAAACACACAUCAAAAGCACACAGAAUUGGUUCAAGAAGCGCUGGACUGUUCUGUCAUAUCUAUAAACUAUGGCGAGAGCUGAAAACAGCAGUUGGUGGAGGGCACAACCUCAAACAUUGAAGAAUUAGAGCAGUUUGCUACUGAAGAGUGGGCCAAAUUGCCAGUAGAAUGGUCCAGCAAGCUCAUUGAUGAACAGAAGCGUUUGUUGGCAGUUAUCUUGGCCAAAGGCUGUGCAACCAGGUACUAGCUGGGGUGCCAAUAAUUUCGUCCAUGCCAUUUGUCUUUAUUUUCUAAAUAAAAAUUGUAAACUUAAGUUUACAAAAAUUUAAUUGGUUCUGCAAUGUUGAAAAUCCAAUAACAAGGUGUGGAGAACUAAAGUUUUUCAAUUUCAGCUUAUUUUAGAAAAAAUAGGGAAUUAUUUAAGAAAAGUGCAAGGGUGCCAAUAUUUAUGUCCACAACUGUAUCAAUCAUCAGUGUGUAUUUAUGCAUUUGGUGUAAAUUGAAUUCUGAACCCACUUGCUCAUGUUUAAUGUUCAUUAUUAGGCUGAAGAUGUGAGGCAACUUGCUGACAACGAGUUGGGUUUCCAACAAGUGUCCCUCAGCUGCCCCAGUCAGGCUAAAACCUAUCUGUUUGUGAACAGUGACAGGAUGGUCGUCGGCUGCCUCAUUGCAGAGCACAUACGACAGGUAAAUACUCUUCUCCUGUGCUGCUAAAGUUUUGCGCUCUGUUCCAAUGUGUCACGCUCCAAACAAAUGGUAGAUUUUUCAGGAAUGGAUCAGGAGUCUUUUACCCGACUAUGGCGCCUGUAAAGGCCUGUGAUAAUGUUAAUUUCCGGUCGCGUAAAUGUGAAAGAUGAAGUAUGGUUUAUCAAGAAAUGAACUAAUAAAUGCUCAGAAUCAGACGUGAGCUUUAGUGCAGUCAUUUCUGCUGUCAGAUCCACGUUCAUGAGGACCAGUGACAGGAUGGUCAUCUGCUGCCUCAUUGCAGAGCACCUACGACAGGGAACUACCAAUAGGGUAGCACUCUGGAGGAGAUUCAAUCAGAUCUUUGUAAACACACUCGGUGGAUAUUCUCACUAUCCAACUGGGUGUAGUUGGCGAGUGAAUUGCUAUCUUACAGGGAUAUUUAGCUGAGUGACUGAUGAAUGAUUGAUCUAUCUUGCCUUUUGUUUCCAGGGCUUUAGAGUGCUGGAGCAGCCAGAGCAGACUAAGGACAUGACCAAGGAAGACUUCAUGGAGCACCACAGGGUCUGGUGUUGCUCUACCACCCCAGAGAAGGCCAUCUGUGGGGUCAGCCGUAUCUGGGUGUUCAGCCUGGCCCGUAGGAAGGGCAUCGCCACAAGGACGCUCGACACCGUCAGGUAAGGGAAUUAUUACAGGUUGGGUAGUGCUAACUUACUUGAGAUAAAUGGAUGUUGUUAAUAUAAGAGAUGUGGUCAGCAGGACAACAAUGAAAAGGUGGAUAGCUACUGGUUUGAGGGUGUGUUAGUUUCAGUGAUGUAUAAAUAGAGUUUUUCCUGAUUAACCAGGAAAGGUCAUAUCCCAUUUUAAUCUGAAUGUAUUUCUGUCAUUUCAGAAACUCCUUCAUGUAUGGGGGCCACCUGACCAAGGAGGAAAUAGCCUUCUCUGACCCUACCCCAGACGGCAAACUGUUCGCCACAAAGUACUGCGAGAUGCCUGCAUUUAUGGUCUACAAUUUCAUUGGCUAAGGCCAGGCACCACAGGCUGAAAUGACAUUUUUGUAUCUACUUAUCAAUUGUGAUAUAUUUUGGUCCUUUUUUAAUGAGUACUUUCAAAAAGUAAACAUGUGUCAAACUUAAACUAAAUAAAAUAUACAUUUAAAUGAUCACACUACUGUCAUUAACCACUUUUAAAUGGACAUGCAUCCAUAAUUUCUAAUCACACAUCAUUUUAAAGUGUAUUUCAUAGAGAAUGUUAAACUGGACUAUAUGUAGUAACUUACUUUGAAGAGAUGGUGAUUUGGUCAGGCUAACUGUCCAAAUAAAUACAUAGGGGAGUGUAUAUAUUGAUCUUUUCUACAGCUUGUA